AUGAAUCUUGUUGACUGCGUCAUUAUCGGAGGAAGCUACGGAGGCUUAUCUGCUGCGCUCUGUUUGGGACGAUGUCUUCGACAAACUGUGGUCAUUGACGAAGGUUUGCCCUGCAAUCGUUUCACUCCCCAUUCUCAGAAUUUCUUGACUCGAGACGGUUCUGCUCCGGAUGAAAUUGCCUCUAUUGGCAAACAACAGAUUGUCGACAAGUACAAGACUGUUCAGUUCCUGAAGGAUCGUGUCGUCUCCAUCCAAAAGAAAAGUGGUGGUGACGAUGAUGCUCCUGAGACGACAAUGUAUCCAUUUCAAGUGCAGACCGCAUCGGGGAAUACUCUGGAAUCCAAGACUCUUCUCUUUGCCAGUGGUGUCACGGAUACCUUCCCAAGCGAUAUUCCAGGCUUUGAAGAAUGUUGGGGCACCACAGUCAUCCAUUGCCCCUACUGCCAUGGAUACGAGUUUCAUUCCCAGCCGACGGCCAUGUUCAUGGCAAAAGAACGAGCCAUGCACAUGCUUCCGUUGGUUCGGAACCUCACUGCAGAUAUCAAGAUUGUAUCCAGUGGCACCUUUGAUGAGAAGGAACUAGCACUUUUUGAAAAGAAUGGUGUCCAAGUCAUGGCGUCCCCCGUCCAGGAAAUUCAACAUGAAAAUGGACACAUUACUACGAUACUACUCAAAGAUGGAACCAAGCUACCAGUCAAGGCCAUGUAUGCCGGAAUUCCAUUUGAACUCAAUGCCAAGAAUAUCCUUCAAGAUGAGUUGAAAUGUGAACUGGACGAACAUGGAUUCGUCAAGGUCGAUGGAUUUCAAAAGACAACCGUAGAUGGAGUCUAUGCUGUUGGUGAUGCUACCACCAUGUUUCGAACUGUUGCCAAUGCUGUGAGUGGGGGCAAUAAGGCUGCAUCCAUUAUAAAUAUGGGACUCUGCAAUCAGGAAUUUGCCGCACGUUCGUAA